GAAUUUCCAAGUAGAGGUAUCGGAGAGGACCUUACGGGAGAUCGUCUUCUCACCGACUCCUGCCGGCGCAGACUCGAGAAUUCUGGCUGCGAUAAGGAAUGGUACCAGUGAUCUUCAAACAUGGAAUAUGCAAUUGAUGACUCCAGGACUGGUUUUUUGAUCGGCGUUGGUGAGGUUCCCAAGCUUGUCGAUAAGUUGUGAGCCUUGAAUGAAGUGGAAACGAUACCGUCUAGCCAGAUUGCGCGUAUCCACCGUCGAACGCACAGCCGCAGAAGGGGCGCUGGCGGGGUGUUGGUGGCCCUUCAGUUACCCUGCUGUGGCGCCUUGUGCAAAAGAAGGCGGUUGUUGUUUCAGUAUGAUACCGUAUGUUACUGGGUAUUUGUAGAAGAUCUUGAUGUCAUUUACCAUAAAGCAGCAAACAUUUACUGGCAACGCGGUUCUUUCUCCGCCAGCCCAAAGAGCAAAGGCUUUCGAAAAAGUCCGCUUGUCGCCCUAUUAUCAACGUCUAGAACAAUGUUCAAGCCUAUUGGUACCACUUCGAGUCUUCGGUUCCUACUUUCGAGGCACGCAAAGCUAGGGGGCCGGUUUGUUUAUUGUCGGAACACAUCUACAAGCCCUUACAAUCACACUUCAUCCAAUCUCUCCACCAGAAAUCGAAAGACUAUUACUACUACCUUAGGGUUGUUGGGUGGCCUUGCUAUUUGCCAAUGGGCAUUUGGGAUGGAAGUGCAUGCCGAAGCCCCUCCUGUAAUUUCUACCGGGGGCCUUAAAAGGGAGUUAAGCGUACAGCACAUCCAGGUAGAGAAUAGUCUGCAAAACCCGGGCGUCUACGCAUGGGGAAACAAUGUUGGCCGAGUAGUAGCCCCUGAUUCGGACAACACUCUCAUAAAGUCACCCCGCCGUCUUCCCUUCUUUGAUAAUAUGCUGCUUCGAGAUCUCAAUUUGGGCCGCAACAUCGGGGUGGCCGUCACGGAAAGGGGAGAUCUGCUCCAGUGGGGUAUAGCCUAUGCAGAUGGCGUCGGAACACCAGAAAUCACUUUGAAAGGAAAGAAUAUCCUGAGAGUUCAACUCUCGCAAGAUAGGGUCUUUGCCCUCUCAAAAGAUGGCACAGUUUACAGUCUCCCAAUGGCUAAAAAAUAUCAACUCUCCGGCGCAAAACCCUCUGAAGCCUCUUGGAUUCCCGGUUUAACUUCAGAGGCCAAUAUCCAUUACAGGACACUAAAGCCGGACGUUGUGGACAUCGCUUCUGGUUUUGAUCAUAUCCUUCUCCUCACUUCUCAGGGGCGUGUAUUUUCGGCAGCUGCUUCUUCUUCGUUUCCAGUGAGGGGGCAGACAGGCAUUCCAGGGUUAACCUAUGCUACCCGUCCGAAGGACAAACCCUACGACACAUGUCACGAAAUUACCGGUCUCAAUGGACACAGGAUCACGAAAAUUGCAGCUGGUGAUUACCACUCUCUAGUUCGUGACAACAAGGGUCAGGUACUCUCAUUUGGGGAAAAUACGAACGGCCAACUUGGGUUUGACUAUGACACCGAAAACGAUAUUGUUCCGACUCCUAGACCCUUACCAUUAAAGUCCCAGUAUCCAGGGACAAAUCUGACGGUGACCGUAAAGACCUUGGCUGCCGGUGGGGCAAACAGCUACUUUGUGGUGAAUGUUGAGGAUAUUCAGAAAGCAAAAGUUACUUCAGAUUUACUCGCUUGCGGGACUGGGAUUUUCGGAAACCUGGGAAAUGGGAAGUGGACUCAUGUCCAAGGGUCGCCAAUCAAGGUCAAAUCGUUGAGCGGACUUUCUGAAUACGAUGAAAGGGUUAAUAAGGUUAUACCUAUAAGGCCAAAAUACCUUUCGGUUGGCGCAACCCAUACCUCUGCAAUAAUGAAUAACCUCACGAAAGUAGACGCUUCCUCUUCUCCGAACUCGCCUGUAUAUGAUGUCAACUAUGGCGCCGAUGUCCUUUGGUGGGGUAGUAACGAGUAUUAUCAACUCGGAACAGGUAAGCGCGCAAAUUCGUGCGUGCCCGUGUAUAUUCCGCCCCUCGAUCCCGGCGAUGACGUCGGGGGCGGCAUGUCCACGCGAAAGGACCAGGUGCAUAGAUUCCAAAUCACCCCAAGGAAAAAAGCCAAUAUUUCGGGAAGGGCGGUGGAGUUUGAGCAGAGGAUCUCCUGUGGUCAAGGAAAUACUGCUGUUUAUUCAGCAGUUUAG